ACGUGCCUUGUGUGUUUACUUCCGGGUUGUGUCUGUUUAACUUCCGCAGCUGCGCAGUAGGAGUCAGCUGACAGCAGCCAGCGGAUGUCUGCCCUCGAUCAUCCGCACUGAAGAGCCUCUUCCCCGGCUCCGCUCUCCGUCAUCCCCCCCCUCCUCCGCCGCGGAGAACCGGACAGUCAGCCGCUAACCCGGGCCGCGUCCUCCCGCAGGAUGAGUGCCGGUGCUCCGAGAGGCCUGGCCAGCUCGGGGCAGAAGCCCAUCGCGGAGAUCCCGCAUCCGCUGUCCGCCGCCGAGGAGCCGCUGUCCCCGGGGCCAGAUGUCACGGGGGACGUCGGCGGGGACAAGGAAGCCGCGUUGACCAAUGGCACGCCGGUGGAGACGUCCAGCCCCGCCUCGGCGUCCUCGCUCUUCAAUAGGCUGCAGCUGGACGACGACCCGGAAGCAGACGGCCUCGACACUUACGUCUCCACGGAGACCCGAGACCUUUUUGUCACGGUCGAUGACCCAAAGAAGCAUGUCUCCACCAUGGAGACCUACAUCACCUACAGAGUCUCCACCAAGGUCGGUUUAGCCCAAUAA